AACUCUAUAAAACUCUCGCUUUAUAUUUAGCUUGGCCACAACUGAAACCGAAACCGAAACCAUAACUAUAACCAUGAUCUCUCUUCUCCUGCUGUUGCUUCUCUCUUCCCUCUCCACCACAUCUUCCACUGCAGCCUACCCUACCGUCCCUGGCACCGCUGACACCUCCGUGUACGCUUCUGUAAAGGACAACUUAAUCCCAAUCCGCCGAGAAGUCUAUGGGGACGGAAGAAUCUUCGACAUUAGCCACAGAUACACAUCCAGUCUGCCGGCUUAUGGGUCAGAUAGUGGGCUCGGACAGUUCCUCCACCACGCCACCAGCAUGAAGAAUGGGUCCAUCGCUAACGUAUCAGAGAUGAAGCUCUCCGUCCAUACUGGCACACACGUCGAUGCUCCAGGACACUUUUAUGAUCAUUACUUCGAUGCUGGAUUCGACGUCGACUCUCUAGACCUUGGAGUGCUUAACGGUCUUGGGCUCCUGAUAGAUGUUCCAAGAGAUUCAAACAUAACUGCUGAAGUUAUGAGGUCCUUGAGUAUUCCCAAGGGAGUAACUAGAGUGCUUUUCAGAACACUGAACACUGACAGGAAGCUUAUGUUCAAAAGUCAAUUUGACUCGAGCUAUAUGGGUUUCACCAAGGAUGGUGCAGAAUGGUUGGUAAAGAACACUGACAUCAAGCUUGUUGGCAUUGAUUACUUAUCUAUUGGUGCUUGGACGGAUAUGAUUUCAACUCAUCUUGUCUUCCUGGAAAGCAAGGAAAUUAUAGUUGCAGAAGCCCUAAAGCUUGACGAUAUCGAAGCAGGAAUAUAUUAUGUGAACUGCUUACCUUUGAGGUUGGUUGGUGCUGAGGGAUCUCCAGCAAGAUGCGUCCUUAUCAAAUGAUGAUUGCUGCAUGCUCUAUUCCUCUACUAUCUCUAGUAAUUUUAAUUUGUUCUAUGCUAUAGUAAUGUAAGACUGGGACGUAAUGGCUUAUGAAAUAAAAUAAAAAUAAAAAUAAUUAUAAUAA